AUGUCAUAUAAGUUUCGAGAUUAUGGUAUCAAUUAUGGUGAUCCCAAACUACUGGAAUAUCCAAACAUUCCUAAAUCACAAAUAGAGACUGCACUCAUUGUUUAUGUACGUAAAUUGAAAAAAUUUCAUGUCUCGUUGCCUAUGAAAUUUAGUUAUCAUGUGAUAACCUACAUUUUCUUUCUUUUACUUUUCUCGUAUUUUCUUUUGUUCGAUUUCUCGCCACCAAAAGCUCAACGUCCAUCAAUACAUUGGACUGAAAUAUUAACAAUUAUUCUUGUUUCAUGUAUGUUAAUAGAAGAAAUUCAUUAUUUUUUCACUCAAGACAGUAUAACCGUUCCUGGGAAAUUAAAAAGUUAUUUUCGUGAUUUUUUUAAACCAAUGACAGUGCUUGCACUUAUUCUUUUCUACAUUGGAUUAAUUCUACGAUUUGCGAAUGCAAGUUCUGAAGAAAAAUUUAUUGCAGCUAGGUUUGUUGGUUGA